AUGUCUACUUUGAAGAAAUCUAAAAAGAAGCAAGACAAGAAGAAAGAUGAUGAAACAGCUGGUAAAACUGUUUUAAAAUCCAAGAAAGAAAAGGAAAGAGAAAAGAAAGAGAGAGAAAAACAAUUAAAGAAAGAGGCUGCUGCAAAGAAGAAAUCUCAACAACAAGCUCAAAAGGAAAAAAAUAAGGAAUUACACAAGCAAAACCAAGAAAAAGCAUCUGCCGAAAAAGAUGACAAAUCUAAGAAUGAUGAUUCUGCAGAAUUAAAAUCAGCUUCUACUCCAGCUAAAAAACCUGCUAAGAAGGGUGGUAAAAAGAUGCCUGCUGGUAUUGCCGCUUUAAAGCGUCAACUAGAAUUGAAGAAACAAUUAGAAGAACAAGAACGUCUGGAAAGAGAAGAAGAAGAACGUUUGGAAAGAGAAGAGCAGGAACGUAUUGAGAAAGAAGAAAAAGAAAAAGAAGCAGCAAGGGCUGAAAAGAAAGAAAAAGAAAAGGCUAAGCGUGAGAGAUUAAAGGCAGAAGGUAAAUUACUAACCAAAAAGCAAAAGGAACAGAAAAAAUUAAUGGAAAAAAGACGUGCUGCCUUAUUAUCUGCUGGUAACAUUAACGUUGUUGGUUUACAAAAAAAAGCUGAUGGUGCAGAUGAAUCUCCAAAACCUAAGAAGAUUGUUUAUGGAAAGAAGAAAAAGAGACCCGUACAAAGUGACGAAGCUAAUACUGAAGCAUCUUCAGAAACUAAGGAAUCUGAUUCUAAAAAUGAUGCUGAUCAAACUGGUGAUGAUGAUGCAUUAAUUGAUGAUUGGGAAAACUUAGAUUUUGGUGCUGAUGAUGACGAGAUCGCAGACAAUGUCGAAAAUACAACAGGUGAAGCUACUACUAGUGCUGAGCCUGUCACUGAAGAAGAAACCAAAGAAGUUUCUAAAGAAGAAAAAAUUGUCGAAGUUAAAAAAUCAACUUCAGUUGCAGUCUCAACUCCAGCUCCAACCUCUGGCAAAAAGGAUAUGCGUUCUCCAAUUUGUUGUAUUUUGGGUCACGUCGAUACAGGUAAAACUAAAUUGCUGGAUAAAAUCAGACAAACAAAUGUUCAAGGUGGUGAAGCUGGUGGUAUUACACAACAAAUUGGUGCUACUUAUUUCCCAAUUGAAGCCAUUAAACAAAAAACUGAGGUUAUGACCCAGUAUGAGAAACAGACUUUUGAUGUUCCUGGUUUGUUAGUUAUCGAUACCCCAGGUCACGAAUCUUUCUCAAAUUUACGUUCCAGAGGUUCUUCUUUAUGUAAUAUUGCUAUUUUGGUUAUUGAUAUUAUGCAUGGUUUAGAACAACAAACUAUAGAAUCUAUUAAGUUACUAAGAGAUAGAAAGGCUCCUUUCAUUGUCGCUUUAAAUAAAAUUGAUAGAUUAUAUGAUUGGCAAUCAACUCCAAACAAUUCUUUCAGAGAUUCUUUUGCCAAACAACCAAGAGCUGUUCAAGAUGAAUUCCAAUCUAGAUUAAAUUCUAUUCAAUUAGCUCUAUCUGAACAAGGUUUAAAUUCUGAAUUAUAUUUCCAAAACAAAAAUAUGUCUAAAUAUGUGUCUAUCGUACCAACUUCUGCUGUUACAGGUGAAGGUGUUCCGGAUUUGUUGUGGUUGUUGUUAGAAUUAACUCAGAAGAGAAUGUCUAAACAACUGAUGUACUUAUCUCAUGUGGAAGCUACUAUCUUAGAAGUUAAAGUUGUUGAAGGUUUUGGUACUACAAUUGAUGUUAUUUUAUCAAAUGGUUACUUGAGAGAGGGUGAUCGUAUAGUGUUGUGUGGUAUGAAUGGUCCUAUUGUAACAAAUAUUAGAGCCUUGUUAACUCCACAGCCGUUACGUGAAUUACGUCUGAAGUCUGAAUAUGUACAUCAUAAGGAAGUAAAGGCAGCUUUAGGUGUUAAGAUUGCUGCUAAUGAUUUAGAAAAGGCAGUUUCAGGUUCUAGAUUGUUAGUUGUUGGUCCAGAUGACGAUGAAGAGGACUUAAUGGAUGAUGUUAUGGAUGAUCUAACAGGGUUACUAGACUCUGUUGAUACUUCUGGUAAGGGUGUCACUGUUCAAGCCUCCACUUUAGGUUCUUUAGAGGCCUUACUAGACUUUUUAAAGGAUAUGAAAAUUCCAGUUAUGUCUAUAGGUUUGGGUCCAGUUUAUAAACGUGAUGUUAUGAAGGCUGGUGCCAUGCUGGAUAGAGCACCUGAGUUUGCAGUUAUGUUAUGUUUUGAUGUUAAAGUAGAUAAAGAAGCAGAACAAUACGCGGAACAAGAGGGUAUUACAAUUUUCAAUGCAGACAUUAUUUAUCAUUUAUUCGAUGCUUUUACUGCCUACCAAGAAAAGCUAUUGGAACAACGUCGUAAGGAUUUCGUUCAUACAGCUAUUUUCCCCUGUGUUUUACAAACUUUACAAAUCAUCAACAAGCGUGGUCCAAUGAUUGUGGGUGUAGAUGUCAUUGAAGGUGCUUUGCGUAUAGGUACUCCAAUUUGUGCCGUUAGAACUGACCCUACUACCAAAGAAAAGAUUAUCUUACAACUAGGUAGAGUUGCUUCUCUUGAAAUUAAUCAUGAACCAGUUCAAGAAGUCAAGAAGGGACAAACAUCAGCUGGUGUUGCUGUUCGUUUAGAUGAUCCAUCGGGCCAACAACCAAUUUGGGGCCGUCAUGUCGAUGAAACAGAUAACUUAUAUUCUAUGAUUUCAAGAAGAUCAAUCGAUACAUUGAAGGAUAAAGCUUUUAGAGACCAAGUUUCAAAAGCUGAUUGGUUAUUAUUAAAGAAAUUAAAGCCAGUAUUCGGUAUUGAAUAG